UUUUAAUGUAAUUAACGUUAUUUUUGCUUGGAUUAUAAAUCGAGUGAUUAAUAUUUUAUAGUAGCAGACAACCAUCAUUACACUAAAGAAUGUGAAUUGUGGGGAACAAACUUCUAUUAUUUAAAUUUCAAUGCAUUUCAACUUUCUAUACAUUUAUGUAUACAGGACCGUAUCCAGGUACUCAACAACGAGAAACCUGUUCCCUGCCUUCGGUUUCCUUGACUCGACUUGGAGUGUCAUCUGAAAUACGAAGAACUACUUUCGAACAUUCCGUGGCAAGCACUACCGUGAAUACUUCUCGUAGGUAAAAAAAUAAUUUGGUGGACCUCUUCUCCGUCGAAUAUCAUGCCCCCGGGUCACCAGACACCCGAAUAAACUUAACCGAGUGGCCAGUGUUGAAUUUUAUGUGUUUUUGUGGAACUUUUUUAGUGAAAAAUAUAUUUAACGAUGCCUUGUUCAGCUGUUACUCUCAGUUUGGCUACUAUUACCUCCAUCAUCGCCGUAGCUCUUCUAGCGAUUGCUUUUACAACGGAUAAUUGGUUGUAUAUCGAAGUUAAAAGAUCCAAUAUACAGGCUUUUCUGAGUAAACAUUCAGAUGUUCAAAGUCAAGCUCUUCUAGAAAGCGUAAAUUCCAAAUAUUUCUAUUACACCAGAACAAAAGGACUUUUCAGGAUAUGUUAUCCAAAAGAGAGGCCACCAUUGGUAAAAACGUAUUUGAGUCCGCUAGAAACCCAUUGCAAUAAUGUUAACUACUACAUUCCCGAUGAAAAUAAUGAUACGAGAGAUUUUACUGAAGACGCUUGGACUAGAUUACAUAUGGGUCGUUCCAUGAUAGCUUUAUUCAUCCUUUCGUUUGUAGCAGUUUUUGCGGCUUUUUGUACAGGUGUCACGGGAUGUUGGAAACGUUCGCCCGGGAAUAUUACGGCUACUGCCAUACUCAUGCUAUUAGCGUGCCUUUUAAGUGCCGGUGCCAUGGGUCUUUGGCACGGUGUUGAGUACUACGAAAAGGAAAAACAAGUAGGGGAAGAAUAUUACCAACAGUGGAAUAGCGUUUUGCGCGACAACACGCGCGUCAACUACGAUUGGAGUUAUAUGGUAGCGUGGGUUGGUGUCGGGUGGUCGCUGGUCGCGGCCAUUUUAUUUUCCGGAGCUGCCAUGUGCCUGCGAGGGGAACGGGAACGCGAGGAGGCUAUCAACAUGCAGUAUCUAAUGCCUGUGUAUCCUCAGAAACAACAGUACGCUUAUGGAGGUUAUCCCGUUCCACAGCCUUAUACAGGACCGUACUACACGACAGGUUCAGCAUAUGGUCCAUACAAUUAUUAAAACAAAUCAACAAUAGCUAAACGAACAAUUAUAAGAGACUGAUGUCUUCAAAUUACCUGUUUCUUUUAUCGAAAUAAUAAUUGACAACUUUUCGUAUGACAGGUGAUUUUCGCGAGUGAGGAUUAUUAAAAUUAUUUAUUCUGAAUUUAAAUUUGAAGCAUAAAAAAUUAUAAAUUCCGACAAAGAAAUAAAUAUGACAACACCGAAGAUCGACAUGACACGGCUGUCAAUGGUUUAUACGAAUAAUGAUUUUACCUACACUUUCUAUAUUCACAUUGUGUUCAGUGGCUGCUUGUCAAUAUUACAUACAUUGAAUUCUGUCCUCUCUUGCAUCAUAUGUCAGAUUUAAAGGUACAACUCGCGAAAAAUUGCCUUAAUAUUGUUAUAGGAGUGCUCAGGGUAAAAAUAUUUUACCGUUUAGUGUAAUUUUUUUCUAUAGUUUUCUAUUUCCAUAUUUUUGGUAAUAAAAGAUAUAUUAAAUGGUUUUUCUUUCGUUUUUACAUAUUGUUAUGUAAUAAAAAAAUUGAAGAAAUUAUCCAAUUUAUAAUUAUAUGGAAAUUUUUGAUAAAUUUUAUUAAUUACGAUGUAAAUUUUUUCCCAAAUAAUGAAGAAAUUACCCCAAAAUCACAUUAUAACUAGUUUUUUUAAAUAAUAUGAUUAUAAUCUACAUUAUUGAUGCUACAGGGCUCUUCAAAAGUAUUCAGUUAUUUAAAACUUGGACUACUUUUGAGUUGACACUGUACAAUAUUUUGUAUAUAGAAAUAUGUUUAGAUUAACACUUAAAUUAAAUAAUAUACUGUAUAAAAAGUGACUGUACUUUAUCGAUUUUGUAGUAGGUAUAUACAACGAAUUACACAUUAACAAUUAUUUAUAUAUUUUUUAUAAUACUUUAUAAAAUUAUUUUUAAUAAUAAGGCUAUAAUUACAAUAUACAUUUUUUUAUAAACGUCU